CGAACGACGAGCACGUGAUCUAUUUCCUCUGCUCCCACUUGGUCAUAUCAUCUCCAUCUUGAGGUCGUUGACAUUCAUCAUAUCAUUAGCAAGACAGCUGCCUCAGAACUGAAGUGCAACCGCCAAAUUAGCAUGCCAUCAAGCAAGCGCGUCCUCAUCGUCGGUGGAAGCGGCCGCACCGGCAAACUCGUGAUCGAAGAGCUCCUCCGACGAGAUCACAAAGUCACCGCCCUAGUUCGGAAGCCUGAGGCUGUGCAGAACGAGAUCGACGCUGGACUCAAGACUGUUACCGGCACACCGAUGAACAUAGAAGACGUCCGCAACGCAUUCGCGCAGAACAAGCCCGAAGUCGUCAUCGUCACCCUAAGCGCACCACGUGCAAGCGACAGUCCCUUUGCAGACGUCGUCGCACCGCCACGGCUCAUGGCGGACUCCACGGCAAACGUCGUUGCCGUCAUGAAGGAAUUCAAUACAUCAAAAAUUGUCAUUAUGCAAGCGUUUGGCGUCGGCGAGUCGUGGGUCAAUAUGCCCUGCGUCAUGCAGCUUUUGAUGAAGAAGAGCAACAUGAUAUACCAGUACGAUGAUCACAACCUAGUUGCCAAGGAGACGAAGGCCAGCGGGGAGAGUUUCGUCUUGGUGCGUCCGACGAGGUUGGUGGAGAGUGAAGCUAAAGAGAUCAAGGAGUGCCCUGAGCAUGGAAAGGGCGUGCCUGUGUUGGCUGCAAUCACUAGGGGCAGUGUUGCAAAAUUCCUUGUGGAUGCAGCUGAGAAGGGGGAUUGGGAUAACACGGCACCAGUCAUUACCAAUUGAGGGGUGUCAACACGCACGGGCAAUUUCGCGAUUGCUCUCUUCUUUCGCAUACGUGUG